AUGGCGCAAGGGUACAGCGUCUUCGUCGGCCUCGUUAUUGUCGCAGCCAUGGCCGCCGCCGCCUGGUUUCUAUCGCCCAAGGGCGAAAACCAAAUCAUCUGGAGAUCCUCCCUUCUCCUAGCACUCGCCUGCUGUUAUCUCAUGUGGGCCAUUACGUUCCUCGCCCAGCUCAACCCUUUGAUCGAGCCACGACGCAGCAACAUUCGACCAGGUUUCGAACACCAUUGA